UCUUCACGUUUCAUAGGAUAUCUGAAUAGUUUUCUAAAUCCAUUUUUAUAUGCAUUAUGUAAUGAAAAUUUUAAACAUGCAUUUAAAAAAAUGUUAGGACGUUUACAACAACCACAACAUAUUAGCUAUAAUUUUGAUCAAACAUUAAUGGCUGGUAAUCAAAACAAUCAUCAACAACAACAACAACUACAACGACAACAAUCGACAAGAGGUUGUGCAAAUACAAAUAGCUUACGGUUAAUUACAACACAACAAUAACAACAACAACAACCGGGACAACAACAACAACAACAUAGAUGAUGAAAAAUCAUUUUUUUAAUGUGAUUAAAG